AAAGUGUCCUUACACUGUCUGUUUUAUGACCACACCUUAUACCCAGGACCCUCCUUAGCUGCCCCUCCCUGCCUUUUAUAACGGACUCCGUGAAUUGGCACACUUAUCUAAGGGGAACAGAGAUAUCUUGGGGUGGAGGUCCUGAAGGAGGGGGUGGUGUCUGGUAAAAAAAAAAAAGACCACUGUUCAGUAUCUAGAGGCUAUAUGACCUCAGCACAGCUCCUUACCAAGACACAGCAAGCAGUCCCAGCCACACAGCGGACACAAUAGCCUCUACAGUGCAGACGCUCAGUGUGGACACAGAAUUAUGGAAGAUGGACCUUACAAGUACAUCAGGGAUGGGACUGGCAAGGUUAGCCGGGUCAUCCGGAUUGGAACCCGCAAAAGCCAGUUGGCUCGCAUCCAGACUGACAGCGUGGCGGACAAGCUGAAAGAACUGUACCCUGACAUCCACUUGGAAAUAAUUGGCAUGUCAACGACAGGAGACAAAAUCCUUGACACAGCAUUAUCGAAGAUUGGAGAAAAGAGUUUGUUCACCAAAGAGUUGGAGAAUGCUCUGGAGAGGAAUGAGGUUGAUCUGGUUGUUCACUCACUGAAAGACCUUCCCACCACUCUGCCUCCAGGAUUCACUAUUGGAGCUGUGCUGAAGAGAGAAAAUCCACACGAUGCAGUGGUUCUACAUCCAAAAAAUGUGGGGAAAACUCUUGACACUCUGCCUGAAAACAGUGUGAUUGGCACCAGUUCACUGCGCCGUGCUGCCCAGCUGAAGAAGAGGUUCCCCCACCUCGAGUUCAAAGAUAUUCGUGGGAACCUGAACACACGUCUGAAGAAGCUGGAUGAGAAGGCAGACUUUGCUGCCAUCAUCCUGGCCGCUGCCGGUCUCAAGAGAAUGGGCUGGGAGAACCGGAUCAGCCAGAUCCUGGAGCCUGAAGACUGUAUGUACGCUGUUGGACAGGGGGCUCUGGCAGUAGAGGUUCGGGCCAGAGAUGCAGACAUCCUGGAGAUGGUGUCCGUCCUCCAUGACUCUGACACUGUGCUACGCUGCAUAGCUGAGAGAGCCUUCCUCAGACAACUGGAGGGUGGGUGCAGCGUUCCAGUGGCUGUUCACACAGAAGUGAAAGACUGCCAGGUAAGAAUGCUCUACCUGACGGGGGCAGUGUACAGCCUGGAUGGAUCAGACAGUCUGAAAGAAACCAUGCAGACGAGUAUAGCUGCUGCUGACAAGAGUUUAGAAGAUGUGGAUGAGCGGGUCCAGCGAGUGGGAGUGACUGCCACCAAGGUGUCAGGUGAAGCCCAGGACAGAGCUGAGCGGCUGGGGAUUGACCUGGCCAACUUACUGCUGAGCAAAGGAGCCAAGGAGAUCCUGACGGUGGCCAAGCAGCUCAAUGAUGCCAGAUAAUCCUGCUCUGCUGAGGGGCGGGGCUACGGAGGUGACUGGGUCCUUGAGUGCAGUCAGUCACAACCUUGCAUCAAGUAAAAACUCAAAUUCCUUUUUUUCAUAUUACACAUUUGACUUGAGCAGAAAGUGCUGGAUGGUGCAGUGUCCGCCUUUUGUACCAGGUGAGCUCAGUCAACAGCAGAUAAUAGAGGAUUCCAACACUACUUGGACCAAUGCUGUGCUCAGUCUGGUCAAUGCUGCUCAAUUGACUGUCAUUAUCAGUUUGUUCAGAAUCACUGCAGUCUGUAGCACUCUGGUCUUGGUUCCAGCCUGCUCUUACAUAGAGUACCUCAUGGAACCAUCUCCUGAGCCAUGUAGAAACUGCCUUACUGGGAUUAUCAGUGAGUAACACAAAAUGGCCUUCAAACACUGUCGUCAGCUCUUAGUGUACCAUCACUGGCUGAUAUCCUCAUGGUAAAAACCCUUUGUUUUUUUAAAGCUUAUCAGUAUAGUAUCAGUCUCUCAGUUAAUGGAAUGCCACGAAAACUCAGCAGUCUCAAAUACAUUUCCCCAAGGAUGUUUGAUCAGUGUCCAAUAUUGUUACAGCAGAGUUCCACUUCUUAGCUUUUAGCUGCUUUCUCAUUUGGAAGAGCUGAGUUUUGAUGGUACCAAAGACGAGUUUCCAAGUAUGUGGGCACAUUUUCUGCUUUGAUGCAGGCAAUUCUGCAGUGAAAUGAAUGGGGCUCAUUUAGGUGUGAAAGUUGAGAAAUGUAAAUAGAAAUGUAAAUUCGGUCCUUCAGUCAUCAGCUCUAACCUGUUGCCAGCAGUCAUCAUUGACUCUCUUGAGCCUCGUAUUUACAAGUACUUGAUCAGACCUUAUUCAUUCGAGUAAUUUGUGUUAUUGUGUGGUCUUUUCUUAUGUUGGCCUCCUAAAACAAAAGUCUUUUUCUGCAUAAUCUUUAUUCAGCUCAUGUUGAAUGUCACAUUUUCAGCUGAGGAGGUUUGCCACAUUUUAAAAGUGUGCUAGCUACCUCUUCCACAGAGAGAGAGUUUAUUUAAUAUUCAUUAUGAUAAGCUGUAGGGAGCAUUUUCUUUUACUCAAGCUGUGGCACAGUGACACCAUGUUUGUGCAGCUUUGUACUGAGCAUACUCAAUGUUCAGUUUCACUAAAUGACUGUUCUACUGAUUCUACUGAAUCUACUUAUUUUAAAUGUGCACUGGGCUGGUGAAUAGCAAUGUUUGUCCUGUUUAUGCUUUGCUGAUAUUCAUCUCAAAAAGUGGGUGUAAUAUCUCUGAAGAAUGCCUUGCAGCACCACACUCCCCAUUCACUGAUGAGUUUUUAAGUAAGGUGUAGAUGCUACAGUUGUAGUUACACAGUAGUAUAAAGGACUGUUUCAAAGAUAUAGGGCACAGAAGCAGACCUACUCAUUGGCUUUCAUGCACUGGCUAUGGGACAAAUUACUGUUGUGUUCGAGAUAGAAGCUAGCAAAAUAGACCUUUAUUAACUGAACAGUUUUUAAUCAUUAAAGUAUUUUACAGCUGUAUUGUCACAUACCCACGGCCAUUAUGGACUCAUUCAUGCUGAUGGUGCUAUGAUGUGCUGUAGUUCAAUGGAAUCACAUUGCAUUCACCAAAAAAAGACAAAAAUAAGAGAAGUCGUAAUUAGGCCUACAGCAUAUAGAAAUAAUAAUUAUGACAGUAUAUGUUUUGGUGAAUACAAUGUAUUUUGGUAUGGCUCCUCCAGGUUAAUUCAAAAUUUGAGCAGUCUACAUUUUUUUCUGUAUAAUUAAUAAAAAAAUGAAUGAAAACCAUUUGCAUUUGCUGUAAUGUAAUAUGCUGUACUCCGUGUCUCCAAAAGCAGUAGAUUUUUAAACAUGGUGACCUUAACAAUUUGCCUAAUGAAAUACACAUGUCUGAAAUGCCAUUGUUUGACUUUAUAGUUUCUAUCAGAGUGCCAUCUCAGCAUAUGUAUCAUUUUACCCAAAUAAACUGUAUGUCUGCCUUACAUAGAA